CGGGGCUUGAAGAUGUAUAAUGCAUAACACUGAAAUGCAGGGUUCUGCCAGACAACCUCUUUAUUGAGCAUUCAUCCUGAUUCAUUUACAGGGGGAUUGGGAGAUGUUGGCUAGAUUCCAUUGCAUCCAAGCCAAGCAUUAUUCCACAUUUUCCAGUGCUUUUCUCUGUAACUUUCCUUAAUGCAAAAAGUCUGAUGGACUAUAAAAUUAUGCAUGGCAUGGAGGGAGUGGAUAAAGAAAAGUUCUUCUCCUCUGUCAAAGCACUAGAAGUGAUGGGCAUCCAAUGAAGCUGCAUGUUGGAAGCGUCAGGACAUAUAAAAAAGGGCUUCUUUAAGCAGCGCAGAAUUAAAAGUAUGGAAAUUGCUCCCACAGAAGGCAGUGCGACCACCAAUUUCAAUGGCUUCGAAAAAUAAUUGGACAAAUCCAUGUUGAAGGCUAUCAAUGGAUAUUAAUCGGCCACAAUGGCUGUGCUCUGCCUAUCCCUCUUAAUGCCAGUUGCUGUAAACCGCAGGAGGGGAGAAGCUUCCCCUUGGGGCAUCCGGUUGGCCACUGUGAGAGCAGGAUGACUGACUAGUUCGUGCCCUUUGGCCUGAUGCAGCAGGCACAUCCUCUUUUAUUAGAUCAUAAGGUAAGUUUGGGGAAGAAGUUUGUUGAAGGGCAGUCAGGGAAGUUUAUUGAUUGUUGCAAACCUCUGCUAUCCUUUCCGCGCUGUUUAUGCAUGGGUCCAGGUCACUCCACCCCACGAGAAGCUUCAGACUGAUUCUGGCGUGAAUCUCAUUUCGCCUUCUCUCUUGAGGAGAGCGCCCUUUUGCACAGAACAGACGGAACCAUUCCGUCGCGGAAAGAGUUUUUGGCCGGAUUCUUUAUGCGUGGCGCUCCCCUUUUCUCCCGCUUCUCCCGUCAUGGUGGCAACAGGGUUGUUCACCCUGCUGUUUCCUCUGCCUUUGCUAUGGCUACUUUCUUGCUGGUGGCUGAGGCGGCAACGCGGAGCGAGGUGGCGGCUGGGGAGCGACCGGAGGCUUUUCGCCGACGGACCGGCGACGCGCGCCCUGUUCGUGACGGCGCACCCUGAUGACGAAGCAAUGUUCUUCGCCCCCACCAUCCUCAGCUUGGCUCAAGCCAGGCUAUGGCUGCUCUGCGGGUCCACAGGUGAGGAGGAGGAGGCUAGUGUAGCGUUGCCUAGCAACCAUGACGUCUGUUUUCGAAGCGCUCCCGUCUCUCCGGAGCUGUGCGCAUGGCGUCAUCACGCUGCAGCAGCCAUUUUAUAUUAAUCGGAAGUGCGCGGACAGGUCGUUCUGACGUCACAGGAUUAUUAUUAAUCAUAAUAAUGUCAUUGUUACUGAAUACAGUAUAUUAUUUAUUGUAUAAAUACUAUAUCUAUAUUUAUUGUAUAAAUAAAUAAUAUAUUGCAGUGUGGUUAUUAUUAUUAUUAUUUCAAUAUUAUGUAUGUAUUUUAUAUAGUGAGAAUAUAUAAGUGAGAAUUCUAUUAUUUUAUACUUAAUUUUUUACUGUUUUAUUAUAUAGUGCCAGCUCAGUGAGAAUUACAGGAUGUGGUGGAAAGCCCAGGUGAUGGGCCCGCUCCCUCCUCAGUUUGCCAUAUUAGUAAAAUGGGUAUAACACCACUUUCCCCUAAAAUUGAAACUACUACUAUAUAUUUGCAUACAACAACGUUUGACUAGCCAGCCUACAUGGAAUGAUAAGAGAUUUAUUUAUUUAUAAGUAUAUGAGAGGGUAGAUUUUUUUAAGCAUUGCUUAUCUCAAGGACAGGGAACCUUUUUCCUGGGCAACCCUUCAGGGGCACCAUGCUAGUGGAAGGUGGGGCCAGAGGGAAGAGUGGGCAUGGCAACAAAUGUAAAAUUUGCCAUUUGUACAGUAGGCUAGUUUCUACACACUCCUGUCUAUUCUCCACCCAGGCAAGCAAGAGGUAUUAUUAGGGUUCAAGGACGCAUUCCAGUCAGGCAAAAGAAGUAAAAGCCAGCGAGGCCACUACAUCCACACACAUACUGUUCCUUAACUGGGUACAGCAUAACUGCAAAAUGUCCCAAGCUCUUUUAAAAAAAAUAAUAAUAUUUAUUGAGAAUUUAAAAUUACAAAGAAAGAAAGGAAGAAACAAGAGAAAAAGAAAAAGAAAGAAAAAGGUAGACAAAAAUAGCAAAUGAACAAUACAAGUCAAUAAAAACCAAAGUCAAAGAAAAAAACAAAACACACAAUACAUCAAAAUCAAAAAACAAAACACACAAUACAUCAAAAUCAAAAAACAAAAACAAACAAAAAAUUUAAAAACAAAUCCAAUAUUCCCAAAUCCUUAUCUUUCAUUAACUUGUUUCAUCGACCUCCUCGCACCUCCCUUUUUUGUAUUCUAGUUAUUAAUUAUCUCAGCAAAUCCUUUCCAUCUUUCACAAUAUUCUGUCAUUAAAUUACCUUAAUCUAUUUUAACCUUAUCUUACCAUAAAAAACCCUAAAGCUUAAAACUUAAGUCUUAUUUAUACCUAAUUCUUUUUAGCAUAACAUAUUCUUACAUAAUUCUUUUUAACAUUUCUACUAAAGCCAAAUAAUUUCAUUCCAACAUUUUUCUAAAACUCACUAAUUUUUCAAUGAUUUUCUAAAUUAAUUUUUAAAACUUUCUUCCAAUCUUCAUCCAUCGUCUCUUCUUCCUGGUCUCGGGUUUUGUCAGUCCUUUCUAUCCCAUCCAUCUAGUCCAUCAACCUGGUGACCUUCUAUCCGAGGCUCUUAAGUCUUUUCCAUGUCCCUUCUGCAGGUCUUCUUCAUGUUUAUACCUGUACUUUACUUUAUCUUCUGCUGAUCUUGUUCUUAAUUUCCUUCCUUUCUCUCGGGGAGACUCCAACAUGACAAUAUCUUUGUCCCUUCUCAACAAGUCAGCCCAUUCUCCAUAGUCGACACUGAAAUCCAUAUAUUUAGAGGCAUGUUUCAAAGUCCCUCCAAAGUUAAGGGCCCCCACAACUCCAAACUCCCCCUGGUCCAAAGCCAAAUUUGAAAAGCCAAAACAUCCCUGCAUAGGGGGAUCUAUCCAGCUUCCCAUCUCCAAGCCGAACAGAACUCCAUCUCUCCAAAUCUGACUUUCUCCAGGUUCAUUCGUCAAAUCCAACAACUUAUGUUCCUGCAGGGCCGCAGCUCUCUCCAUUUCUGCUACUUGAGGUUCAGCAACAACCUCCUCCUUUAUCUUCUUCACCACUUGAUCUGUCAAAACACAUUCCUGGAUUAAUUCCUGCGUGGGUUCUAUAUAAGUAUUCACUGUUUGUCCAAAAUUUCCGACUGCAACAGUCAUCAAAUCCAUCUUCUCAUGUAACUGUUCCAAUAAAGCACUUGUCUUGCAGAGAGCAAGCACCAAAGCCUCCUCUAAGCACAUUCUUGUUCAAGGUCGAAGUCUGGUCCCACGAUCUUUAAUCUCUACAGCUGCAAAGUUCCCCAGAUCGACUCUAGUAACAGUUUCACAAGCUCCCUCUAGGGGAAACAAUUUCUAUUUGUAUCCGUCUUUUUAAAAGCAGAUCUAGCAACAAAGUUCCUUUCCUUUUUCAGAUAUUUUGUUCCUUUUAAAUGCAAAAGGGAACAUUGGAAUCAAUAUGUUUCUCUUUUUUAACUAUCUGUCAAACCGUUUUGUCCACAGUCAAUGGACUUCCCCAAAGCGUCUGUCCUGACACCCCGCUCCCAGGUUCAAGACGGUGGAAAUUUAUCUUUCUUUACUCUCUCUUCUGCAGGUUUAAACAAUCUAAAAAGAUUCCCCCCUCUUCUCCUGCUUCCAAGGGGGGUUUAGUAAUUUUAACUGAUGGAAAUUUAAUCCUUUACAAACGACUUUCCAGACUCUAGCUUGCAAUGUCUUUGCUUCAAUCUAUUUACAAAAGCGGAAGGCGGACUUCCUGUUUAGACCUUCCCGCUUCGGUGCCAAAUUAAGAAAUUUCAUAGUCCAAUUUUCCGUUCUACUCACGGGCAGUUGUUUAAAAUCCAAUUGUUCACAGGAAAACGUCAGCGCUCUCCGGCAACAGCAAUGCGGCUUCACUCCGUGAAAAGAGCAGUCGAUUCGAAGCACCGCGCCACUCAGCCCACGUCGCUCCGGAUCCCCGAAACCGGGUUUCCCCGCGAGUAGGGGAGGCGCAAAAGGUGCCAGCCGAAUCCCACGUCCACAGGCUUCUCCGCCUGUGGUUUUUGGUGGGUCUCCGCCUCGCCGCGGCGGUCCAGACCCUAAUUCUCAUGAAGCGGAUUCCUCCCGAUCAGAGGAAAUCCGCCAUUGCCAGAGGCGCUAACCCGGAAGUCCCCUGUCCCAAGCUCAUCCAGUGGCAUCUCCGAUUUUUCUUUUUAAAACAAUUAGCACGUAGCAGGGGAUGAGAAAGACCCGUUUCUGCUUGAGACUCUAGAGAGUCACUGCCAGUCAGAGUAGGCAGCACUGGGCUAGGUGAAGAAAUCCAGUGACCUGGUAUAAAGUAGUUUCUUCUCCCUUCCAAUCUAAAAAUAGCAAUUUAAAAAUAACAGGGAGGAACAAGACCAAUGUACCAGGGCCUUUUUAGUGGUCACAUCCUCCUCCCUUUGGAAUUAUUUAGCAAUUAGAUUCCUCUCUAUAUGCUUUUGAGAGGCUGCUGCAGGCAUACUUCUCUAAUACAUAUAUACGUAUAUAUUCUUUCUGUGCAUAUUCUGCUGCUUUUACCUUGAGAUUUUAUAAAUUAACGCGGUCAGUCCCCACUUUUGGGCUUCCUGUAUACAUUUGGUUGACCACUGCAAGAACAGUUGGGCCUCUGGUCUAUUCCAACAGCGCUCUCCUUAUGUUAAGGUUUUAACAACAUCCUCUAAUUUGAACACUUUGGUGUGUGAGUCAGAAGAGGCACUUUAUAAAUGUUAUAAAUAGGUAUGGAAUUGGCAGGAUUUGAGAAGUUCACUCAAGACCUGCAGUUAACCCUAGCAUUAUAGAUAUCUUUUUUUAAAAAAUAGACAUUAAAAGUUCCCUUGGAAGCUUUACAGAUUCCAAGCACUUAACUCAACCCAGUUGACCAAAUAUGUUUCGCUUUCUCAGAUUGCUUUCUGGUUGCAAGGUCUCCAGCGCAAGCGCCCCUGGGUGCCAGCAUGCCCAACAGCACCUUUUAUGGUACCUGCAAAAGGUCUCAGUAAAUGUCCCCCUCAGAAAUCCUCAGUGCUGUUUGCUUUUCCUGCUCGGUUCCUGUUUUCACUGGCUACCCCUCUCCAACAUCAAACACGCUCUUUUAAACAUGCCCGUGUUUAAGUGGGUUGCCAGGAUUGGACCCCAGCUGAAAUAUACUCGGAGUCGAGUGUGGAUUUCAUGCUCUUUAUUCAGCUCAUAGUCGUGAGGAAUGCAAGUUCUCCUGAAAUGUCUGCUUUAUAUACAUUAUUUACACAAUGGGCCCCACGUGAUUGGCUAAUUCCGGGAUUCUCCUGUAGGCCAAUCAGGUUGCAGUUUAACUUCCACCAGGACUUGGAUUGGGUGGCUCCUGCGGACCAAUCAGAUUGCUGCAUUCUGGAUCCUAUUGUUCUAGGACCAAUCAGACUGCUGCAUUCUGAAUCCUAUUCAACUCAGUACAUAACACCAGCCCUAUGUUCUGUUCUGAACAGAGGAGAUAUGCAAAGAGCUGCUCUCUCUGAGAGAGUGUGGCGGUGACAGAUGGAGGGGCAUGCCUGCGCCGUUUCGUGGUCCUGUCUCAUUUUCGAUACAGCAGCCAUUUUGUGUUAUACCAUGUCCCUGCCCCUCCCACUGCGGCCAUUUUGUGACUGGCGCCCGCAGCACUCUCUCAAAUUUCAAAAUGUUACUCUUAGCCUUCCGCCAAAAAGCAACCUCUGCAGCCUAUCGCCUUCAUAUCCUGGCAAACCUAGCAGCCUAUACUAAGGUGCUGUAGAAUUCUUGAACUUUUUACAAUGCAGCAGACUUAACGUCACCAGUUUUGUUAAACUCAGGAAAAUCUCUUUAAUAUUCCCUUCUUUGCUCCGUUAUUUUAACGCAAGCUGCUGGUCCCUUGGUGCUUUCAGUUUCCCACAGGAGGGAGGAUUCUGUGUUGCAGGGUGUGACACCUGUCUUCUUUCGUAUUUCCAGGGAAUUACUACAGCCAAGGGGAUGUCCGGAAGAAGGAACUCCUGGACAGCUGUUUGGUUCUAGGGAUCCCGCCUUCCAAUGUGACCAUCAUUGACCACAGGUAGCUUUCUACACUUAAAAUGCCGGUGCUCUUACAUGAGAGGAGCCCUGCUGGAUCAGGCCAGCGGCCCAUCCAGUCCAAUAGCCUGUUUUGACAGAGGCCACCAGGUGCCUAUUAAGGGGAAGUCCACACGCUGGACCUUAGUGCAACAGUGCUCUCCCCCAUUUGAGACUUUCGUCUCUUGUGGUUUCCAGCAACAUAAGGAGAGCUGUGCUGGAUCAGGCCAAUGGCCCAUCUAGCCCAGCAUCCUGCCCUCACAGUGGGCAAUCCAGAUCCCUGUGGCAAGCCUACAAGCAGGUCCUGAGCACAAGAGUGUCCUUCAUACCAGCAACUGGUGUUCAAAAGCAUCACUGCCUCUGACUGUGAAAACAGAGCAUAGCCUUCGUGGCUAGUAGCCAUUGAUUACGUUAUCACCCUCGGUUCAUUUGUCUGAAUCCCUUCUGGGCAAAUCUAAAAGCAGUGAGAGUUGCUAUUGCGCGCAGAUCCAACUUGGGGGCUUUCUGUUUUUUAUCCGAUCUACUCUUGUGUUUGUAUCUAUGAAAUUUUUCAUAGAGGAACUGUUAGGGCUGGAGUCACCAGCUUGCGAGGGUGAUGGGGAAGGCGCCGACGUCAUGACAUUGUGCACAUGAGCCUCACUCCUCACUCCCUAAGCCAGGCAGAAGCUUCCCAGGCUUUCGGAAGGAGGUGCCAGGGAAACAUUUAUGGGACUAGCCUAGGCCCCCUAGUCCACUGACCACACGCCACUGAUCUACCGCCACGCUCAGCCGUGGUGUACUCUGUUCUCCUCUUCCCGUUUUAUCCUCCCAACAACCUUGCAAGGUAGGUUAAGCUGAAAGAUAGCGACUGGCCGCCCAGUUGACUCUGUGGCUGAGUCGGGAUUUGAACCCGAGUCUCUCAAAGUCAUGCGUUUAAAGCCAAUUUAAAUCGUGUGACUUCCCGCCCCCAAAAUCCUGGGAACUGUAGUUUGUCCAAAGUCAUGGGAAUUGUAGCUCCAUGAGGGGUACAGUUCCAAAGACUCUUUGGGAGAAGUCUUGCAUGUUAUAUGCACACUAGGGAGUGAUCUCAGGUCCCAGUCCGAUGUUGCAAUCACAGUAUCACCACCAAAUGUGUCCAUCGCAGUGCUGCAAUUCCUGCCCGGUCGGGGAAAGUGAGAGGAAGACAUAGUGACUCAGCCUUGCAGUGCUGUAUCCACAGAGGCUCCACAGCCCCAGUGACCCUGUGACUUCUCCUUCAAGUCAGGGAGGAGCGAUCGAGACACAGAUCUGAGAAAAACACAAUGCGUUGUAUUUAGCCCAGUGAAGGUCUGCGCUGGGUGAAGCAGGAACGUGACAGGUUAUCACUGGGCAGGCCUGUAGGCGUGUAACUUUUCCACCUAGCAAAACAAUUGCAGAGCAAUUUGUUCUGCUUCUGAUAUUGGGGAAGAUCAAACGCUUUCUAUGGAGCAAUGGAUCCUCUGCUCCCGGUUACUGAUAAUUGCCUGAUGUUCCAAUUUGCAGACUCCAGCAGGAAUCUUAAUUCCCUACUACAUGCAAGAGAUGGAGAGGCAUCUCUGUUUAGAAGAGGCAUCCACUCCUGAGAGAGGGAAGUGCCUCUUUGCAGAUCAGGGAGGGGGGGACAUGUGGCCCUCCAGCUGUUAUCAGACUCCAGGGCCCAUCAGCAUGGCCAGCGGUUGGGGGCGAUGAUGUCAGUUGGAGGUCAACAUCUGGAGGGCCGCAAGUUUCCCAUCAUCCUUGCUCGUUGCCGUUUCCCGUUCGAGCCCUGAGAUCAUCGUACGGACACCAUGACCACUUCUCCUUUUCAUUUGCUGUUGUGUUUUUUUCUUUCUUCCUUCUUGACGUUUUGUGGCAGUUCUCCCAGAGCCCCUUUGCUCCAGUUAAUAGGUCCCUUUUCUCUCAGCAUUGAGUAAUCAAAGCACCCUGGGGAUUUCCCUUUUGCUGUGUUGAGUAAAAAACAAAACGGUGCAAAAAUGCAGAACAGUUUCCCAAGAGGAGGGUCGGGGUGGCGGAGUGCAGGGACGGAUCUAAUAUGAAAUUAAUGAACUUAAGCUCCAGGGCUCCUAAUCUCAGAAGAGACCCGGAAGCGACUUUAGUGCACAUUGCUUAAAAAUCUUGGGUCUAAGAGACCAAAUUUGUGUCACACAACUCAAACUGAUUAAUUUUUUGUUCUAUAUAUAUUUCAAUAAUCCCAACGUUUGAGAGUCAGUAGCACAGAUGUUGUAAAGGGGUGGUGAUCUGUCGGGGAACAGCCUCAUUGAAGACCCCAAUUCCUCUAGGACUGCCUUUCCCCAUAUAAACCGUCCCGGACUCUGCAUUCAUUCUCAGAGGCCCUUCUUUCUGUGCCUCCGCCACAAGAGGUCCAGAGGGUGGCAAUACGAGAACGGGGCCUUUUCUGUAGUGGCUCCCUGCUUGUGAAAUGCUCUCCCCAGGGAGGUUUGUCUGCUGCUUUCAUUACAUAUGUUUUAGGCGCCAGGCGGAAACAUUCUUCUUCAACCAGGCCUUUGGCUGAUUAAUAUCCUACAGCCUUUUAAAUGUAUCUGUAGGAAGGGGGUGGGUUAUCAUUUGGUUGCUUUGCUUGAAUUAUUUACCUGUGUUUUAUCUUGUAUUUUAUUCUGUGAACCACCCUGAGAUCUUUUGAUGAAGGGCAGCAUAUAAAUUUAAUUUAAUAGUAUAAACAAACAAACAAACAAACAAAUGUGGUUACCCAGACUUUGUUGCUGGUUAGGAAGGGGCCCCCAUGACAGUUCAUGCCUGAAAAAUGUAGGGGCACUACAGUGGGAGAGGGAGCAGACGAUAGGAAAGAAGGCCCUGGCUUUGCAGUAGAGUUUCCGGUUUCAAUUCUUGGCAGUAGGACUGGAUAUGCCCCUUGCCUGAAAUUUUGGAGAGCUUCUACCAAUCAGUGUAGAUAUAACAGCCUGGCUUGGAGGAAAACCAUCGUCCUGUGUCUGUUCAAACCAGAGCUUAAUUCAGAACCAUGAGGACUAGAAUCUUGCUUUGUUUCUAGGGGGAGGGUUGUAGCUCUGAGGUGGACCUUCUUUGAACACAGGUUCAACAACUAGUGUCUCUGGGUGGAGCCCUGCCUGAAACCCUGGAGAGCUGCUGUCAGUACUGAGCUUGAAUGGACCACUGGUCUAGAUCUGUAUCAAGUCGCCUGCCAUCUCACCCCUCAUAAUUGCCAAUGAUUGAUAUUCAGGGGGGAUUAGCUCUGUUGGCUAAAUGCACCCUCCAUCCUUGGAGACAGUAUACUCUGAAUAUCCAGAUGCCCGGAGCAUCCAGCCUAGAGGGGGCUGUGGGCUGGCAGCGGAACAUCUAGGAAUCUGACGCUGAUUUCUCCCAUCUCCUUGUGAGUUUCCUAAAGACGUCUGGCUCAGGAUGCUGGUCCAGGGAUGGAGACUUCCCCUGAUCCAGCAGGAGUCCUAACAAGCUUCUGUCUGUCUCCUUUUCACAGCAGAAACGUUGUUUGUAUGAACCAUACUUGUCCCCCCAAAUCAGACCCUUCUGCCAGGGCUCUGGGGCGAUGAGCAUUCUGCCCUAUUGGAUGUAAACAGGAUACACCCACCCAACUGAAGUAGGUUAUUAACUCAAAGGAAAGGACACCACGUUCUCUCUCUCCUUAUUCCUUUGCUCUCUACGAGAUGUUUUGUUUCCCCACCCUAUCUUCUCGGUGUCUGAGAACGGCAGGCUGUCCUUCACAGCAACAUCUGCAGUUUCCCUCCUUGCAGCGAGAUGCAGAUAAAUAUCAACAUUGCGGCUUCCAUCUGAUGACGCCUGACCUGGCCUGGUCCCUGCCAGAGAAAAUAAUAAGAGUUCGAGAGAGGAGAUUUGUGUAAACAGGCGAGCUUCCCGCUCCCUUCCCCAGCUGCUUCCAGUGUUCUGCACUUAGAGAAGAAGAACCAGCUUCACAGAUAUAAUAUGAGGGACACCUGGCUUGCCGGUAGUACACGGGAAAAGGAUCUCGGGGUCUUAGUAGACCACAAGCUUAACAUGAGUAAAUAAUGUGAUGCAGCAGCAAAAAAAAAAAGCUAAUGCUAUUCUAGACUGUGUUGUAAACAAAAAUUGCCCUUUUCCCUUAUGGGGUAUCCAAGAGCCCAUAUAGAGUCCUAAUAAAAAUAAUUAAAACAGUUAACAAUACUAAUGUAUGCUAAUCAUAAUAAUAAUUACACUCCCCAACAAAAGCCCCUAAACAACCUCCCUAAGCUUUUUAAAAGUUUGUAUUUUUAGGAUUAAAUAUGUUUGAAAAUGCGGGCAUUGGCAUAAAACACACCUUCAAACACUGCCCUGAUCUCUUUCCAAGGAUAAACAUGUUAAAAUAAAUAAGUAAAUUAUCAAAGCUUUAUUUACCAUAUUUUUCUUUCUAUAAGACACCCCCAUGUAUAAGACACCCCUUAUUUUGGGGGACUCUGGUUUAAGAAAAUGGGGGGGAUCUAUCUGUGUAUAAGACUCCCCCAAAUUUUGGACAUUAUUUUUUAGGGAGGGGAACCUAGUCUUAUACACGGGAAAAUACGGUAUUUAAUUGUUUUUUUUCUUCAGAGCUUUUAUUUAUUUUUGUUUCACUGCAUUUCUUAGACACCUUGCACUAAGAUCGUCCCAGGCAGGAGUUAGCACACAGUAAAAAUACAAAAUGCAAAGGAAACAGAGGAUCCACUUUCACAAGGUGUCUUUUCCCCUAGUCGCCUGGAGGUGAUUCUUCCUCGCCAUAGGCAAUCAGCUGUUCCCAACUAGCUUUCAGGAAACAGCUAUGCAAAUUUCGGCUGCAGUUUUACAUGUCCUUUUCCCUGCUUGGUGUCUAAAGGAUCACUUAACCCUCCCUUGCUCUCCCCCUCCUAUGUGCAAAACCCACUUGCGUUUUGAAACGGGAGCAGGCAAGGCAAGGGAUUUUGAUUCCUGCAGGAAAGUAGGUCAUCGGGUGCUCUGUCUCUCUCUCUUUUUAUUGCGCUCUGCAGACCAAUGUGGUUCUCCUUUAAGGGAGUGAACUUGGCUGACACUGCAGAUGGUUAAUUUCCUCUUCCCAGAACCCUGUACCUCAGACGGAGCCCCUUGUAAGCUCUGUGUGCUGCAGAUUGAAAGCAGGAAAAUAUUUAACGAAGGGGGGGCGUUGUUGGCUUUGGGUUCCUGCCUUGGCAGGGUCAUGUCACCAGACAAACACAAACAUGCGCUAGUAGCCCAGAACUGUAGGGAGGAGGAAGCAUGAUGGGCACUGGUUGUUUCAACGUGGUCGCGGCCAUCGUUCCGGUGCUGAAUAGGUUAAGAAUGGCUUGACACCCGGAAAAGAUCUGUGGCCAGGUUUUGUUGUUGUUGUUGUUGUUGUUGUUGUUGUUGUUGUUGUUGUUGUUGUUUAGUCGUGUCCGACUCUUCGUGACCCCAUGGACCAGAGCACGCCAGGCACUUCUGUCUUCCACUGCCUCCCACAGUUUGGUCAAACUCCUGCUGGGAGCUUCGAGAACACUGUCCCACCAUCUCGUCCUCCGUCGUCCCCUUCUCCUUGUGCCCUCCAUCUUUCCCAACAUCAGGGUCUUUUCCAGGGAGUCAUCUCUUCUCAUGAGGUGGCCAAAGUACUGGAGCCUCAGCUUCAGGAUCUGUCCUUCCAGUGAGCACUCAGGGCUGAUUUCCUUCAGAAUGGAGAGGUUUGAUCUUCUUGCAGUCCAUGGGACUCUCAAGAGUCUCCUCCAGCACCAGAAUUCAAAAGCAUCCAUUCUUCGGCGAUCAGCCUUCUUUAUGGUCCAGCUCUCACUUCCAUACAUCACUACUGGGAAAACCACAGCUUUAACUAUACGGACCUUUGUCGGCAAGGUGAUGUCUCUGCUUUUUAAGAUGUUGUCUAGGUUUGUCAUUGCUUUUCUCCCAAGAAGCAGGCGUCUUUUAAUUUCGUGGCUGCUGUCAUCAUCUGCAGUGAUCAUGGAGCCCAAGAAAGUAAAAUCUCUCACUGCCUCCAUUUCUUCCCCUUCUAUUUGCCAGGAGGUGAUGGGUCUCUUUAAAAGAGGAUAAGGCAAAUGAAUGCAUCGGAGGAUAAGGCUACUAGCCGCAAGGCUAUGCUUGCCACCACAGCUGCAGGCAGCAGUGCUUCUGAAAACCAGCUGCUGGAAAAGUUGCUCUUGCACCCAGGUCCUGCUUGUGGGUGUCUGCUGUGCAUCUUGUUGGCCACUGUGAGAACAGGAUGCUGGGACUAGAUGGGCCACUGGCCUGAUCCUGCGGGCUCUUCUUAGGUUCUUAGGUCAGCAGCUGCUUGCCACAACGCCUGGGUCCUCUCUCUACCAUUGGAGGCCUCUGGAUGUCAGUUCCUGAAGUUCAGGAGCACUGCUGUGGCUCUCAAGUCCUGCCUGUCCAAGGCAACACAAUGACCAAAUACAAUGAUACAAUAUCAAUACAGUGGUACCUCGGGUUACAUGCGCUUCAGGUUGCAUACGCUUCAGGUUACACACUCCGCUAACCCAGAAAUAGUGCUUCAGGUUAAGAACUUUGCUUCAGGAUAAGAACAGAAAUCGGGCUCCGGCGGCGCAGCAGCAGCAGGAGGCCCCAUUAGCUAAAGUGGUGCUUCAGGUUAAGAACAGUUUCAGGUUAAGUACAGACCUCCAGAACGAAUUAUGUACUUAACCUGAGGUACCACUGUAUACACUCUUUAUAUAAUAUGAAAUAUAUGAAAUCACAUAAACGGAAAACUUAGGAAUCUCUGAAAGUCACAAAAUAUGCACUCUUAAUGGAUUCUCUAGAAAACAUAAAACCAAAUAAACAUAAGUCUUAGAAGUCUUUGAAGACUAUGCAAGUCUCUGAAAGAAGCAAUGUAUCAGAUUCUUAUCUGGUGCAAACAGGCUUCAGAGCUUUGUUUAUGGCAUCCAAUGCUGCCAAAGUAGUUUGCAAACAGACGAACAGUGAUUCCGGAUAUACCCACUGUUUCGUGGAAUAAUUCUUCAGCACAGCAGGAGGAUACAAAAAUGCUUCAUAAACCCAUCUAUACAGUGAAUGGAAAAAUAGAACAACAAUUGCUAUGGAGUAGUGGUCAUAAAGUUAUGUAGUGACUUGCAUAGUUUGUGACUUUCAGAGAUUUGUUUUCAUAAAGUUUUUGUAUGUUUUUAUGGAAAUGGGUCUUGGUUGAGUUUCUGAAUCUUCCAACCUUGACUACACUUUUCAAAGUGGAUCAUUCAUCAUACACAAUGGCUGUGUUCAGGUCUUGCUUUUGCGGCUUCCGUUUGGCCAUGGUAAGAGCAGGAGGCUGAACUCAAUGGGCCUCUUUCGACCCAAUUCAGGAGCCGGGCUCUCCUUCCAUCCUUACGACAUGAGAGCAGAGACUGAGAGUGAUGAAGAAGCUUUAGCCAAGUCUGGGAGCUCUGUGGUCCCCACAAUCCACUUCCCUAUAGAUUCCCAGAAACUCUGUCCCAUGGACAGCGGCUGCUGAAAGUUGUAGUCCAAAACCUCUGGAGGGGACAAGGCUGCAGGAGGCUGACUUAAUGGUUCUUUCAGCCUAGUGAAAACAUUUAACACUCUGCAGGCCAAAACUACCCCCCCUCUCCUUCCAGCGGUCUUGGCAGAGAAAUUCCCAGACAUCCCCCCCUCCCUUAUUUAAAUGCAAACAGAUUUUGGCUCAAUUUGCUGAACAUGGCAAAUUAUAACCAGCACAGACAUCAGGCUGGGAACUUUGCUCGCCAGCAGUUCCUGGAAGGAGCGGGAUUUCACAAACCUCCCCACCCCGAUGGGAUGCUUAGCUUAGGGGAGGAGGAAAAUGUAAAAAUGUGCCAUUUGAUCGAACGAAGGAAACUUUCCCCACAACUUCAACUUCUUUGCCCGAGUUUGUCUGGGUUGGCCAUGAAACCCUUAAUGCGCAUUUGGAAAGGAUUUUAGGGCAUAUCCUAUGGUGCAGGCUGAUGGGGCUUGCUGGGGGAAGCUGAAGUGGGAGCAGGGAGGAGAGGCUUUCAAGCAGGCUAGUAAAGGUAAAGGUACCCCUGCCUGUACGGGCCAGUCGUGUCCGACUCUAGGGUUGUGCACCCAUCUCACUUAAGAGGCCGGGGGCCAGCGCUGUCCGGAGACACUUCCGGGUCACGUGGCCAGCGUGACAAAGCUGCUCUGGCGAGCCGGCACCAGCGCAGCACACGGAAACGCCGUUUUCAAGCAGCCUAGGCGUAGGCAAAGUCAGGGCAGGCAUAGUCAGAGCAGGCCGAGGCAAAGUCAAGUCAGAUCGAGGCAGAGCCAGGGCAGGCAAAGCCAAGGAAGGUCUUUCUGCGCAGGUCAGGACCAUGGCUAGCUCCCAAUGGCCCCUGCUGGCUGAGCUGUAGCAGACGUCCUCUCACAUCCAUCUUCAGUGAACUGCUGUGCAAACCAGGGAGCUUUAUCCGAACAAGCCAGGAUGACAAACCACAGUUCAUAGUUUGACAAAGAACAACUUCCGUUUUGCCCUGAUUCAAACAUAUUGCAGGUGAUUAGUUGGAAGGCGGGCGGAUUCUCCCAGUCUCACCUGUGCAGGAAUGAGGUCGGGGGGGGGGAGGGGAGAGAAAUGAAAGGGCCGCAUUCCCUUCUGAGAAACCUCCCGGGGGCCACAUGGCAGUGGUGGGCGGGGCAGCAAAUGUCAAUUUGGCCUUUGUGCAGUUGGGCGGUUUCUAAAAACAUUUGCAUGCACCCCUCUUUCUGCCAAGCAAGGAGCAUUAUGGGAGUUCGAGGACACCUUUCCAGCCAGGCAAAAGCACUCAAGGGGUGCAAAACUGGGUCAGUGAGGGAGGGUCUUGAGGGCCAGACAGAGAGGUAUGGGGGGCCGCAAUUGCAGCCCCAGGUUUAAGCUUCCCCUCUCCAGCUUUUACCUUAAACUCGGAGGGUGACCUGUUUCGUAGGUUGCCUCUUCGCUGAUUCAGAGCCUGCCGAGGAGAAUGCUUGCACGUGGCCGGGGUGUGUGUGUGUCAAGGGAGGACAAGUGCAGCCCCUGGUAUAGCUGUGCCGCUGCUCUCCUCUCCCAGCUCCCCGCCUGCGAGCCACUCGUGGCUCCCUGCUGCCAGCCGAGAUCACAAUGCGCUCUAAUGCCUUCAGCCUCAAACUAAGCCAACCCUUUGUCUUCCGUUUUUGCUUCUUUGGAUAGGAAAGGAAGCUUGCUCUCAUUUCACCCCUCUCCCCAAAAUUCAGCAGCAAGCUUUGCUGAAAGCCCGCAGGAACCAAGUGUGGCUUUUAAGCUCAAAGCUCAGAACAGACGUGUACGCGAGAGAGAGAGGAUCUUGUGCUGUGCGGCUCCCAGAAUUGGUGCUGAUAACGCUAAGGUUGCAGGUUUGAUCCCUGUGUGGAGUGGCUGGGGAAACCCAGCCAGAUGGGUGGGGUGUAAAUAAUAAAGUAUUAUUGAAAUUAUUAUAGUAUGGGGCAGUUGCAUCGUCGGGGGUUGGAUUGGAUGAGCCUCAGGGUCCCUUCUCACUCUAUGAUUCUAUGAUCCGUCAAGCCCACCACCAGCUCCUUCCCUGGCCCACCAGCCAAUAUUAUUAUUAUUUAUUAAAUCAGUAUUCUGCCCUUCAUCCAAAGAUCUCAGGACAGUUCAGAGCACAAAAAUACAGACUAAAACCACAAAGUACAUGAUAAAAACAAAGACAAAACAAACCAAUAACCUGCCUCCAAAUUUUAAAUUUGAAAGAUUUUAGGCUGUAAGGAAUUUGAUAUGACAAGAAAGUAGUUGGACUGUGGAACUCUCUCCCACAGGAGGCAGCGAUGGCCACCAACCUAGACCCAGUGGGAGCUGUCCAGCUGUGGAACGGUCUCCCUUGGGAGAUGGUGGACUCUCCUUCCUUGGAGGUUUCGAGGCAGAGGUCGGAUGGCCCUCUGUCAUGGAUGAUCUAGCUGAGAUUCCUGCAUUGCAGUGAGGUUGGACUCGAUGCAGAAUUAGAUAAAUUAACAGGAAGGAUUCGAAACCUGCAGGAUCAGAUAUUCUUAGAAGACUGGAGUAAAUAUAUGAACUACAGUGGUACCUCCAGAUACGAACAGGAUCCGUUCCGGAGCCCCAUUCACAUCCUGAAGUAAACAUAACACACGUCUGCGCGGGCCGCGUUUCGCCGUUUCCGCGCAUGUGCGCAACGUCAUUUUAAGCUUCUGCGCAUGCGCGAGCGGCGAAACCCGGAAGUAAUGCGCUCUGUUACUUCCAGGUUGCCGCGGAGCGCAAGCCGAAAAUACUCAACUUGAAGCUACUUUAACCUGAGGUAUGACUCUAUUUGAAAAGUAAUUGUGAUGAACAGAUUACGCUAGUAGGACUGCAAGAAGUUUUGUAAGGUGGAUUAUUUGAAAUACUGCAAGAAAGGCUAGGAAGAGAAUGAUUAGUUAAGGACAGUUAAAUGUAGUAUAGAAAUUAAGAAAUGCAGAAUAAGUGAUAAAGAACGGAAAAAUCAUCAGAAGUGUUGACGGAAGUCUAAAAUAUUGUAUAAGAUGAGAAGAUGUGUUGUAUGACUGUUGGAACUGAUAUGUUAAGAAAUCAAUAAAAAUGUAUAUAUAUAAAAAAGAGAGAUUUCUGCAUUGCAGUGAGGUUGGGCUCAAUGGCGCUCGGGGUCUCUUCCAACCCUAUGAUUCUAUGACUCCCUGCAACUGACAUUCUGAGAGGUAAUAAUAAUUCUAUUAUUUGUACAUAGCUGUCAACCUUCCCUUUUUUUGCGGGAAAUUCCCUUAUUCCAGCGCUGUUUCCCGCUGCUAUCCCGGAUUGUUAGAUAUCCCGUAGACUGUCCCUGGGACAGGUGAGGCUUAUUUUCAAGGCUUCUGAUCCCUUAUUUUCAAAUCUGAAAGUUGACAGCUAUGUAUUUGUACCCCACGCAUGGGACAGGGCCACCCCAGCCACCCCACAGCGGAGGGAGAACAGCCACCCUGGCUAGUAGCCAUUGACAGCUGUCUCUUCCCCAAACAGAAACUGCAACUGAAUAACUGCAGCAUUGGAAAUGACCGCGGUCCCUUUGCAAAAGAAGAGAAAUCAGCAAAAUGGCUUUUUGUUGCCGGAGGAUGGGAGCGGGCUCAGAAGGGUUAACGUCUCCUCCCAGCCCUUCCCUGCCUUGCUGGUUUUCUUGAUGUGCUGCCAGGAGUCUCCCCCCCCCCUUCCGCCUCCAUGUGACUAUUGUAAACAGUUUCCCAACACACACAAAAACCCCAUCCUGAAUGGGAGGCUUUCCUUGUGGGCCAAAGUUGAGGAACUACAUCACGGGGUCCCUGCGGCAACGGGGACAGGAGAGAGGGCCUCGCAUGCCAGCGCUGCUCCUGGGGUUACUCUAGAUCACGGGAGAGGCAGUUCCUCUUGCGGUUCCUGCGGUUGCGUAAUGUUUGCCUUGGAAGGAGGCUGCGAAGAGCCCAGAGGUUGCUUGGCUUGGCGCUCUCCAAAAAGCCUCGGUUCUUCCUCUCCAAGAGAGCUCGGCGGCUUUCGGGCCAGUGGCUCCCACCUUGGGGACGGGCGAAUCGGUCCAUUUUAGUUCCUCUGCUUGUUUCCUCCACUCCCCAUGCAAAAUAAAAACAAAAAUAAGUCAUCCUGAAAGCUCAUCGCGAAAUUCUCCUAAUUGACAUGCCUUUGUAUGCAAUUUUGCCUAAUGCUGACAUGUUUGCAGGGCAGAUUUUCCCAAUCUAAUGCACUUUUGUAAGCUAGGAAGGCCUUUUUAACACAGCCUUUUCAGUGUUAGAAACUCAGGUGUAUAAGCUAAUCACCAACAUGCACCUUAAACCUAGGUUAUGAUCGCCACAACCGAAUGUCUUAAGUGCCUUUUGUUUUUUGGCAAUAGAUUUUUUUCUUCUUUAUUUCAUUUCUGUCCCACUUUAUAUUUUAAAGAAAAAAAUCUCAGAGCAGUUUACAACACGUUAAAAUAUCAAAUCAAACAAUCCAGAAUAAAACGCUUCAAGGAAAAUAUUUCAGAGCCUUCUCUAAGUGACAUUUUGCCUUCCCCAUAUUUAUUUACCUGGUGAAUUUAUAGAGCUGCCACGUAGCAGAAGAACUCUAGGGAGUCAGUGUGAUUCAGUGGUUAGGAGUGUUGGAGAGAUCAGGGUUUAAAUCCCCACUCAGUCAGGAAGCUCACAGGGUGACCUUGAAGUCAGUCGCAGCCUCUUCACCUGCCUCACAGGGUUGUUGUCAGGAUUAACUGAGCGGGGUGUGUAUGAACUAUGGGCUAUAAAUGCAAUAAAUAAGCCCUUCUGCUUAAGAAAACGGGAGGGGGCAGCCAGAUGGAGAUGUCCCUGUGGUCUCAGUUGGACCUGCGCCAGUCGCAAAAUGCACCUGGCAUCUGGGAAACUUCCAAUACACCCAGUAUAUGCAUUUUCAUGGGGCACAUUAUUUGACUGGGGACCCGCACUGCCAAAUCCAUUUUGAAGGAUGGGUGUGUUUCGGUUCCCCCUCACGUUCCUUCGAAAAGUGCAGACCUGGGUUCAAAUCCUGGUAUCUGCAGGUCUGCCUGGGAAUUCCCCGCUGCCUGAAAACCUGAAGAGCUGCUGCCAGUCAGUGCAGACAGGCCUGAGCUAGAUGCACCAAGGACCUGACUUGAUAUAACUCAGCUUCCUAUGAUAUUAAGCGGCCUAAUUUCUUCUGAUAGUUAAAUAUGUGUUUGUGUGUAGCUCGCUAUCCCUGGUUUCCCAGCCCUUAGACCCACCCUCUCCAUUUCUCCUGACCCAGAAGCCUCCCCCCACCCACCCACCACCUUGCCAAACAUCCCCAUUUCGAGGGUGAUGAAUAUGAACUUGUUCCUGCUGCUCCCUGCUCUCCCGUCAAGGCCUGCGAGGCACCGGCGUCAGAUGAACGGCAGAUUUCACAUUGCGAUAAAGGCCUUGUGUCAUCUCUGAGAAGAGGAUUCCGGCCUCUUGCUGGGAAACGGUGUAUAUUAUUCAUGAUGAUAUCGCGUCAUGACACAAAUCGUUCGAAGGAGCUGAUACUUGGAUGGUGUCCCGAAAAACAGAGCACAGCCUGGGAUUGGGAACAGGUUUCUGUUUUGAGCUGCAGGCUGCCUUUGCAAGAGAUGCUCAAGGGACAGAAUUUUUCAGGGCUGCAGAAGGGUCCUGAUGCUGUUUUUUUGCAUUUUUUAAUUGACAGGCAUAUUUGAGUUGUUUAAACAUUACUAGAGAGCCAGUGUGGUUUAGUGGUUAAGAGCGGUAGUCUCGUAAUCUGGGGAACCGGGUUCGCGUCUCCACUCCUCCACAUGCAGCUGCUGGGUGACCUUGGGCCAGUCACACUUCUCUGAAGUCUCUCAGCCCCACUCACCUCACAGAGUGUUUGUUGUGGGGGAGGAAGGGAAAGGAGAAUGUUAGCCGCUUUGAGACUCCUUAAAGGGAGUGAAAGGCGGGAUAUCAAAUCCAAACUCUUCUUCUUCUUCUCUUCGUCUAUUACUUCUUGGUUUAGUUUAUUCCUGCGUUCCAGGGAGUCGGACUCAGUGACUCCAACUCUACAAUUCUAUGAUUCUAAUAUUCUAGUAUUAGCCUGUCGUUUACCCCUGCUGCCAUCUCCUUCCCCUUCCUGCAUUCUCUUCUGUUUUUAGAUUGUAGGCCCCUCAGGGCAGAGACCAUGUUCUCUCGUUCUGUGUCAAGCUCUCUGACAGCACUGUGGUCUUUGCAGUGGAAGACAGAGUGCUGCGACCUUUUAAAUGGAACCGGUGCCAAGGGCUUCGGGCGAUGUUGGAACCGAGUUUUGCUCCAAAGUUCCUCCUUCGAAAAGGAGGAGUUGCUAUUCUUUUGUAUUCUUGCACUCAAGUGCCAUAAAGAGACUCACAUCGUAGAAAUAAAAUAACAAAGACUCAAAUGCUCAGCUGACAGUAGACAGUACAGUCGUACCUUGGUUCUCAAAUGAAUCCGUUCUGGAAGUCCGUUCUACUUCCAAAAAUGUUCGAAAACCAAGGCACGGCUUCCGAUUGGCUGCAGGAGCUUCCUGCACUCAAUUGGAAUCCGCAGAGGCCAUGUCAGACGUUCGGGUCCCAAAAAACGUUCGCAAACCACAAAACUGACUUCCAGGUUUGCGGCACUCGGGAGCCAAAACGUUAGAGUCACAAAGCAUUCGAGAACCAAGGUGCGACUGUGUUUAAAAGGAACACAUCCUGCCCACCCCACUUAAGGGCAAUCACAGCAAAAAUAUUAUUUUUUGCUCAGCACGUAAAAGCAGACAGGCAUUCUUCCUCAGGGACCGGAUCCCACAAAGGGGGAGCCACCUCUGAAAAGGCAUUGAUUAAUAACGCCACCGUUGCUUCUCAAAAUCAGACUCGCUCAAGAUAUUUGGAGGAGAUCUCAGUUGCCUGUCUCGGGAUAGGGAAACCUUAAAGCUGCACGUGGCGCUGCCAGCCACCAUGGUUCUGAAUUAAGAGGAACUUAGGAAGCUGCCUUCUGUCGAGCCAGACCACUGUUCCAUCGGGCUCAGUAUUGUCCACACUGACAGGCAGCAGCUCUCCAGGUGGGGGACAGUCCCCAGUCCUACCUGUUGGACUGAGAUGCUGCCAGGGAUUGGGGCCUUCCUCAGGCCACGCAGGUGGUCUACCGCUGAGCCAGAUCCUUUCCCCCAAGGGAAAAAGCUCUUUGCACCAAGAUGCACCAGUGCCUCGAGCUCUAUAUUGUCCACACUGACUGGCAGCAGCUCUCUGGGUUUUUGGAAAGGGGUCCUUCUCAGUUCUUUCAGGGGAGGACGAGAAGCAGGGGCAGGGCAGUGGAUGUGUGUGUCAGAAGGGGGGAGAAGGUAUCCACUGGCUUUAGGGAACAUCACAUCCCUCUUGCUCCCUCAUCUCCCUGCUUCCUGUGACCUUGAGCACCCAAACAGCUGAGCUAACCCAGCCGGUGCUGAAUCCCUCGCGAGGACCGGAGAAGUUAAAUCUGGUUCAGGCUGGCUGCACAGCUGGGACAUUCAAAGCAUGCCUUGGAUCAGGCCCAGGCCCAUAUGUGUGUGUGUGUGUGUGUGUGUGCUUUUACUAAACACUUGUGCUGUUUCCCCUGUAUUAUCCAUCUCCAACAAUGGAGAGAGAAUCAUACAAUAGUUCAGUGGUACCUCAGGUUAAGAACUUAAUUCGUUCUGGAGGUCCGUUCUUAACCUGAAACUGUUCUUAACCUGAAGCACCACUUUAGCUAAUGGGGCCUCCCGCUGGUGCCACACUGCGAUUUCUGUUCUCAUCCUGAAGCAAAGUUCUUAACCUGAGGUACUAUUUCUGGGUUAGCGGAGUCUGUAACCUGAAGCAUCUGUAACCUGAAGCGUCUGUAACCCAAGGUACGACUGUACAGUCAAACCUUGGUUCUCGAAUGGCUCCAUUUUCGAACCUUUCGGCUCCUGAGCGCCACAAACCCGGAAGUAAAUUCUCCGGUUUUUAAAUAUUUUUUGGAACCUGGACAUCCUACACAACUUCCACUUGGGUGCAAGGAGCUCUUGUAACCAAUCGGAAGCCGCGCCUCGGUUGCUGAACGUUUCAGAAGUCGAACGCUCUUCCGGAACAGAUCACGUUCAACAACCAAGGUUUGACUGUAGAGUAGGAAGGGGCCCUGAGGGUCAUCUAGUCCAACCCCCUGCAAAUCAGGUAUAUGCAGCUGUCCCAUGCGGGCAUCAAACCUGCAACCUUGGCAUUCUCAACACGACGCUCUAACCAGCCAGCUGUAGCCAUCUUGGCUACAAGUCGCCAUUGAUAGCCUCCUCCUCCACGAAUUUAUCUAAUCCUCUUUUAAACCCAUCCAACGUGAAGGCCAUCGCUGUCCUGUGGCUGGGGAAGGGGUUUGGAGCGUUCUGAGGAGAGUCAGGGGCCAAAUAGAGAGGUUCAGAGGGCCGCAUUCAAGCCCCGGUCCUGUGGUUCUCCACCCCCUGUUUUGAGAAAAGAUAGGAUCCUGUGGAGACUACGUUUUCACCAAAGGGCAUUUCGCAGGCUAACCAGCUAUAACUUUAUCAACGUGAUUAACCCACUUUCUGCCCCUUCCCCAAAUCACUCAGGUGAGUUAUUGCAGCCCUUGCUCUUUGACGGCCGUUCUGGCUCGCCGUCAACACAUCGCCGCGCUCCCAGGGAUGUCGGCCCACCGCCUCCAGCUGUCUGUUUCCACUGAACUUGAGUGACCUUCAUCUGUUGCAUCGAGUCAAAACCUGCCCAGCAGCAUAUUAGAGGCCCUGCCAGGGCUGCCUUAGAGAAGAGGGCAGGAACCUCAGGCUUCUGGGCCAAAUCCGGCCUGCCAGACAUACCCUCCAGCGAUUUGAAGCCAAAAUCAGAGACGCCAUCUCCCCGCUUUUUAUUGCAAGAGUAUGGCGGCCAUUUGGGUUGCCGCGAUCUCACGUGAUUUUACGUUGCAGUUUCUCCCCCCCCAAAAAAAAACCACACCACUUUUUUGGGGGGAGGGGAAUUGUGCCACAAAAUCCUGGCAACUGAAAUGGCCGCUGUUAUCUCACAAUGAAAAAUGGGGUUUCCCGUUUUUUCUGGGACACUUGCAGGGUAUGGCAUCUCUGUUAGGCCCUACCAACCCCCUCAGUUGCUAAGAUCAGCAGAGGGUGCCCUCUUGCUUGUUCCUUCGCCCUCAGAAGCUGGGGUGGCAACGGCCUGGAAUAGGGCCUUCUCGGUAGUGGCUCCUAAGCUGUGAGACUCCCUCCCCGCACAGGUGUGUCUGGCACCUUCAUUAUACAGCUUCUGGAGGAUGCUGCGGACACAUCUCUGUAUCCCAGCCUUUGGCACCUGAGAUGUAUGUUUUUCAUACCCACCUUAAUCAUACCCUACAAGUGCCCCGGUUUUCCUACGGCAUUCCUGGAAUUGCAGAAGCCAUCCCAGCUUCUGAUUUGAUCCCGGAAUGUCCCAUUUCUCCCCUCCUGUGCCGUUGCCGAAUUUGGGGAGGAGGAUGAGCCGGUGCUUGCAGCAGCAAUGGCACUUAUAGCGGUGCUGUGCUCUUGUGGGAGUCAGCUGGCUUCCCUGAGCUCAUGGCCCCAAAAGACACAGCCCAGUUUAAUGUUUAAUGGAUUAUUUUAUUUUAAUAUUCUGUUGAAAGCCGCCCAGAGUGGCUGGGGAAACCCAGCCAAAUGGGUGGGGUAUAAAUGAUAAAUUAUCAUUAUUAUUAUUAUUAUUAUUAUUAUUAUUAUUAUUAUUAUCAGAGGACUGUUGGAGGGUAUGCCUCACUUCUGUGAUUGUAGGUUGUCUUAAACUAUGCGUAGUAUUGUGUUUUAAUUUCUGUAACCUGCCCUGGGUUCUUAUAGGAUGAAGAGUGGAAUUAUUUAUUUAUUUAUUUAUUUCCCGCCCAUUUGGCUGGGUUUCCCCAGCCACUCUGGGCAGCUUCCAACAAAAUAUUAAAAUACUGUAAUACAUCAAACAUUAAAAGCUUCCCUAAACAGGGCUGCCUUCAGAUGUCUUCUAAGAGUCUGGUAGUAGUUGUUCUCUUUGACAUCUGGUGGGAGGGCGUUCCGCAGGGCAGGUGCCAUCACCAAGAAGGCCCUCUGCCUGAUUCCCUGUAACUUGGCUUCUCGCAGCGAGGGAACCGCCAGUAGACCCUUGGUGCUGGACCUCAGUGUCCGGGCAGAACGAUGGAGGUGGAGACGCUCCUUCAGGUAAACCGAGGCCGUUUAGGGCUUUAAAGGUCAGCACCAACACUUUGAAUUGUGCUCGGAAACGUGCUGGGAGCCAGUGUAGGUCUUUCAAGACUGGUGUUAUAUGGUCUCGGCGGCCGCUCCCAGUCACCAGUCUAGCUGCUGCAUUCUGGAUGAUGAUGAUGACUAUGUUUAUUAUUAUUAUUAUUGUGUUUAUUCUUCUUCUUUGUAGGGAUCUUCCAGACCACCCAUCUGUCGAGUGGGACACUCAGCUGCUCUCCGCUCUGAUCCUUAAGCAUGUCAAGACCAACCAGAUCAACCUGGUAAGAUGUAGCCUUGAGUCUUCCUUUCGGAUAUGGAUGGGGGGUGUCACUUGCAGGUCACUCCAGAUGUUGUCAGGUUCAAACUCCCAGCGCUAAGCCCGGCCAGUGGUCUAGGACCAUGGUGGGUGUUGAAGCCCAGUAACAUCUGGAGGGCCACAGGUCCCUCCUCCCCAAUCUUAGAGCCAGUAUUGUCCUACUGUGUACAUGAGAUUCAGGUAGGUAGCCGUGUUGGUCUGACGCAGUCAAAAUAAAUUAAAAAAUUGUCCAGUAGCACCUUAGAGACCAACUAAGUUUGUUCUGGGUAUAAGCUUUCGUGUGCAUGUACACUUCUUCAGAUACUCAGAUGCACACGAAAGCUUAUACCCAGAACAAACUUAGUUGGUCUCUAAGGUGCUACUUAGAGGAAGUGAAAGGUGCUACUUAUGGAAGUGAGAGCUGGACCAUAAAGAAGGCUGAUCGCCGAAGAAUUGAUGCUUUUGAAUUCUGGUGCUGGAGGAGACUCUUGAGAGUCCCAUGGACUGCAAGAAGAUCAAACCUCUCCAUUCUGAAGGAAAUCAGCCCUGAGUGCUCACUGGAAGGACAGAUCGUGAAGCUGAAGCUCCAAUACUUUUGCCACCUCAUGAAAAGAGAAGACUCCCUGGAAAAGACCCUGAUGUUGGGAAAGAUUGAGGGCACAAGGAGAAGGGGACGACAGAGGACAAGAUGGUUGGACAGUGUUUUCGAAGCUACCAGCAUGAGUUUGACCAAACUGCGGGAGGCACUGGAAGACAAGAGUGCCUGGCGUGCUCUGGUCCAGGGGGUCACGAAGAGUCAGACACGACUAAACGACUAAACGACUAAACAACAACAAGGUGCUACUGGACAAUUUUUGUGUGUACAUGAGACAGAGAGAUGCCUCCUUGUAGGUCAGGGAUGGGGGAACCUGUGACCCUCCAGAUGUUCCUGGACUCUAACUCCCAUGAGUCAGCAGGGCCCAAGUUCAGGGAUGGUGGGAGUUGGAGUCACAAGAUCUCACGGGCCACAGCUCCCUCCUGUCUCAUCGUAGAACCAGCAUUCCCUGAUACUGACCUCAGGCAGGUGUCUUUGCUGCACGCUUUUUGGUGCCUCUUUGAAAUAUUUUUUCUCUAUCCAAAUGUGUAGAAGUCAUUGUGUGUUUUAUUUCCUUUUGGCUACUGUGGAUUGUAAUAGUCUUUUGAAGUUUUUUAGAUACCUGUUUUUAACUGGUUUUUUUUUAUCAUCAGGAGUUUUCAUGUUUCAAUUUACAGUGGUACCUCGGGUUACAUACGCUUCAGGUUACAGACUCCGCUAACCUAGAAAUAGUACCUCGGGUUAAGAACUUUGCUUCAGGAUGAGAACAGAAAUCAUGCUCUGGCGUCGCGGCAGCAGCAGGAGGCCCCAUUAGCUAAAGUGGUGCUUCAGGUUAAGAAUAGUUUCAGGUUAAGAAGGACCUCUGGAAUGAAUUAAGUACUUAACCCAAGGUACCACUGUAUGUUUUUGUAAACCACUUAGAAGUUUUCCUACAAUCAAGCAGUAUGUAAAUUUCAUUAAAUAAAUAAAGGAAGACCUCCAUUCCUCCGCUGGCACCGUUACCACACAGUCCUGGCUUGACACACUGUGCGGAAGUUUCUGCAGUGCAUUAGUUGAUGCCAAAGUGUAUUGAAGUGCGUGCCAUAGAGAUCUCUGCAGCUUCCAGGGGGUGGAGCUGCUCCCUUCGCUCUGAGGAACCCCCAGCCAAAAACAAGGGUGGGCAACUGCUCUCGAUUUCAGCUGCGAAACUGACAAGCUGGGUGGGUGCACUCUGCGGCCCGAUCCACGCGCCGACCUGAGCAGAAUUCACAAGCGUAAACGCUGCUUAUCCAGCCCUCUCAGGACAGAGGAUGGAGGUGAGGUCAGCUGAGGUGGAAAUAGCUUGCGGUGAGCUGGAGGGGGAGAUUCCUUAAGAGUCCCUUGCAUGAUAAGUCUCGCAGAUCAGGGAAAUCUCUUGUUGACUGAAUUCCUCCGCCAUCUGCUAAUAGCGAGAGCAUCUUACAGCCCCAGCAGGUUCUGAGAUGAGAAGAGGAAUCUGCACAGCAUUACCUUGUCUGCCUUUCUCCUCCUCACUCCAGUGGGGUCAUAGUUACUCAUUUUCUCUAAUAAUAAUAAUAAUAAUAAUAAUAAUAAUAAUAAUAAUAAUAAUAAUUUAUUUAUACCCCGCCCAUCUGGCUGGGUUUCCCCAGCCACUCUGGGCGGCUUCCAACAAAACACUAAAAUACAAUAACCUAUUAAACAUUAAAAGCUUCCCUAAACAGAUGUCUUCUAAAAGUCUAGUAGUUUUUCCCUUUGACAUCUGGCGGGAGGGCAUUCCACAGGGCAGGUGCCACUACCGAGAAGGCCCUCUGCCUGGUUCCCUGUAACCUCUCUUCUCGCAGGGAGGGAACCGCCAGAAAGCCCUCAGCGCUGGACCUCAGUGUCCGGGCAGAACGAUGGGGGUGGAGAUGCUCCUUCAGGUAUACUGGACCGAGGCCGUUUAGGGCUUUAAAGGUCAGCACCAACACUUUGAAUUGUGCUCGGAAACAUACUGGGAGCCAGUGUAGGUCUCUCAGAGGCCCCAAGCCUUGCCUGGGGAACCGCAUGGCCUUCCUUCGUUCAAGCGCAACACCAGGUAAUGCAAAGGCAGAGGAAAUCUCAGAUUUUACACAUUCCAAGCCAGAAGCAGAUUAAUGGGUGUUUUCGGUUGGACAAAGGAAGUUGCCUCAUGCUGAAUGAGACCGUUCAGAAGGUUUUAAAAGUAAGAACAUACGAAGAGGCUGUUGCAUCAGCUCAGUGGCCGAAUGGUCCAAUACUCUGUUCUCACAGGGGCCGGCCAGAGUUCCACAGAUCAACAAUGCACCCCACGAACAAGUCCUUUCUUUCAUCUGCCCUGCGUCUCCUGACUGUCAGCUUCACUGGAUUCCCCACAAGUUUUGUGUUAUGAGGGAAGCCAACCAAAUUUGUUUUAUUCGGCCUGCUCCCUCGCUUUUUGGAGGCUGGAGUCCCGCAGACCAUUUUGCUCCUGCCACAAGGCUUCUCCCAGUAUCUAAACCCCGAUGCUCGUUGGAAUUCUGAAUAUUUAAAAUAAAAACAAAAACGGGGUCGCUUCAUUUGUGAGUUUGGACCUACCCCACCAGAAAGUGGGCGAAGCCCAAUCCUCAGUUUGGUCCGCCAUGUUGAAUCAAAAUGGCGCCCAAGCAUUGGCAGAGACCACCCCCCUCACCUUGAGAGUUUGGUGGUGAUAUCUCCAGAGGAGGCCAUAGCAGAUGGCAUCGUUUUGACGUCUGCCGCCCUUGGCCUCCCAUUUGAAAAGGCCGGGCAAGCUAUCAACAUCAUAAAUAGCUCAACGAUUGAGAUAUUUGUAGAAUAAAUUUGGAAGAAAUUCUUCCAACGUUCCUUCUUCUUUUUUCUCUCUAUUUUUCUCUUUUGUUCUUUAUAUAUACGUGUGUGUGUGUCCUUAUCUGAAAUAUUUAUGUAUUUGCAAUAUUUUGCUUAUAUUUUGUAAUAAUUAUGUUACAUUAAUUAAAUGCAUAAAUAGAUCAACAAAAUAUAUAUAUAUAUUUUUUAAAACCCUCGACCGUGGGGGUGAGGCACUGAGGCGGCGGCUGUGCUGAGAUUGGGUUUGUGCCAGGCAAGCGCAGGAAAGGGCCCUCUCAAAAGCCGGCCGCACCUCUCCUCCUGGGCUUUUCUUGGGGUGCUCUGCCUGUUCCCCUGCCUCUUUGGAGAGCAGUGUGUCUGUUUGUGUGAAGCCCUUCCUGGCAGCAGGGUGGAGACCUAGCCGGUAGGGAAGGCCGGGCAGCAAAGCCUUUGAUCCUCCCUCUCUGCCCUUUCCCCUACUCUCUGGGCGGCCAUGUCUCUUCUUGUGCAAGCGGGGAGGUGCCUGCGCCAGGGCAAAGCUGCUCCUCAUCACCCAGGGAGUCAAACCGGACCAGCAAGGAAGGAGGGAGGUGCUCUUCUUCUUCUUCUUCCUUUCCUUUGCAGGAGCUGGGAUAGCUCAGUCGGCAGAGCGCAAGGUGAUUCAUCUGAGGGUCCUGGGUUCGAGUCCCGCUCUGGGCAAAGAAAUAUUCCUGCACUGCGAGGGGUUGGACUUGAUGACCCUCGUGGUCCCUUCCAACUUCGUAGUUCUGUGAUUCUGUGAAGUGUGCCAUGUCUGCCCCUGCCAGCCAAGGAGUGGUCCAGCGCCCUUGGCCGCCCCCCUCUGACACAUAACGCACCAGGGCAAAUUUCCUCAAGUUUGUCCCUUUUCCACAUCUGUGUUUUAAGAACUUGAGGGUAGCGGGAAAACUCCCAGAAUGUAACAGACGACUUAGAGGGGCUAAAUCCAUAACCUUCUCAGUUACUGAAUUUGUUUUGCAGUUCUUUCCCUCCAGAUCUCCACCGUCCGUUGAAUAUCUAAACACUUUUGGCCUUUAGCUUUAAAACUUAUCAAUCACCACUUUUGGUCUUCUAGAUUUCUCUCUUUAUGUGUUUUAAGAGCCAGUGUGGUGUAGUGGUUAAGAGUGGUGGACUCGUAAUCUGGUGAACCGGGUUCGCGUCUCCGCUCCUCCACAUGCAGCUGCUGGGUGACCUUGGGCCAGUCACACUUCUUUGAAGUCUCUCAGCCCCACUCACCCCACAGAGUGUUUGUUGUGGGGGAGGAAGGGAAAGGAGAAUGUUAGCCACUUUGAGACUCCUUAAAGGGAGUGAAAGGCAGGAUAUCAAAUCCAAACUCUUCUUCUUCUUCUUCUUCUUCUUCUUCUUCUUCUUCAAAGCCCUUUGCAGCCUAGGACCCUCGUACCUACGGGACCACCUCUCCCGGUAUGCCCCGCGGAGGACCUUAAGGUCCAUAAAUAGCAACACCCUAGAGGUCCUGGGCCCUAAGGAAGUCAGAUUAUCCUCAACCAGAGGCAGGGCCUUUUCAGCACUGGCCCCGGCCUGGUGGAACGCUGUGUCUCAUGAGACCAGGGCCCUGCAGGAUCUGAUUUCUUUCCGCAGGGCCUGUAAGACAGAGUUGUUCUGCCUGGCCUUUGGCUUGGAAUCAUCUUGAUCCCCUUCCCCUCUUUCCUUCCUCCUUCUGUGAUGGAAUUCCUAUUUCCUGCCUUUUUUCUGGCCCACGUAGGACCAGUCUGGAUAGCUGGCCUUGGUGAAGAUUUGACAUUUUCUCCCCCCAAACAGUUUUUGAUCUGGGCUUCCACUGAAAUGAGGCUGCAUUUUAAGUAGUAUUUUAAUCCCGUUUUUCAGUUGUAUUUUAAUCAAUUGUUAUUAUCCCUAUGUUAGCCGCCCUGAGCCUGGUCUUGGCUGGGGAGGGCGGGGUAAAAAUAAAAUAAAUAUAUAUAUAUAUAUAUUGCAUCAUCAGGUUGCUUCAAUUCCUUUCUUUUUCCUACGUGUCUACAAGUUCUCCAGGACCUAAGUUCACAGUCACGAUGCGUUGUGUAUGUUCUGUUUGUUGCACGCUUGAGAAAACGUCAAUAAAAACCAUUACUUUCUGUGGGCCUGCUCUGGUUGGAACUUAGAAUGUAAGAAGCGGCUGGGAGGAUCUGUUCCAGCAUCCCAUUCUCGCAGUGGCCAACCUGAUGCCCCCAAGGGAAAGCCCCCAAAGAGGGCCUGAGUUCAAGAACAACUCUCUUCACUUGCAAUUCCCAGCAGCUGGUAUUCGGAGGAAGGCUGUCCUCUGACCAUGGAGAGGCAACCUGGCCAUUGUGGCUACUAACCACCUCUCAUAGAGUUCAUGAAUUCAUCUAAACCUCUUUUAAAGCCAUCCAUGUUGCUGGCCGUCAUUAUAUCCUGUGGCAGUGAGUUCCAUAGUUUAACGGCAUGCUGUGUGAAGAAGCUCUUUCUUUUAUCCUAUUGUAUGUGCUGUUUUGCAGGGCUUUCACCUCCAACACAGGUUAUAUACCUUUCAAUAAACUGAAUGGGAAUCAGGGUCCAAAGACCUCGAAAUAGCAUCUCCUGACACCCUGAAAUCGGAUCCUUCAGGGCAUAUAGCAUCCAAACACUCCCUGCCCUGUCUUUAUUUUAUUAUCUGUCUGCCUCAGUGGGAGAAAAAGGAAACUGGACCCAAUCCACCACAAAGACCAUCUCUAUCAGGGUGGCUCUCCAGUCCUUGAACUGUUUCCAAAACAGCUGGUGGGGUAGAAUAAGAACUAAUUUUUCACGUGACAAAUCUGUGCCUGAGUUUGCGGCUUCUUUUCUCGUCCUCUGCCCUCCCCAUUGCCCUUUCCUCUUCUGCCAUGUCUUUUAGACUGCAAGCUUGUAUAUAAGGAAUGUCUAGUAUCAGUUGACUGUAUGUAAGCUGCUCUGGGAGCCGUUUUUGACUGAAGGGUGGGUUUAAAAUGCUCUAAUUUUAAAUAUAUAAAUAUAUUUUAAAGUAUUGGACUGUAUAAAUCCUUCCUUCCUUACUCUCCUUUUCUCUUCCCUCCCCGCACAGGUAGUGACCUUUGACGCCAGAGGAGUGAGCGGUCACCUGAACCACAAAUCCCUUUACACCGCUGUCAGGUACAGUCCUCCCAUCAUUCGGCAAGCAAGGGUGGUGCAUUUUGGGGACACUUAGGACACUCCCCGCAUCCCAUCUACCCAAGACCUUGGACAGUCUCAGCAGCUGGCAAUAAUCCAAUUCAUUCCAUGGGCUGUGUCCCUCCUGGUCUGACACCCCACAGAGCCACAGCGAGCCACGGUAGACAAUAGUGAGCUAGGUGGACCAGGGAUCUGAUUUGUUUUGAGGCAGUUUCCUAUUUAUAUUACCUCUCUACUAAUUACCACCUGGACUAGAAACCUGCUUUCUAGGGGGAAAGCCACAGAUCAGUGGCAGAACAUCUGCUUUGCAUAGAUAGAUAGAUAGAUAGAUACAGAUAGAGUGUGAGAGAGAGAUGUCCACCCCCAUCGUUCAGCCCGGACCCUGAGGUCCAGCACUGAGGGCUUUCUGGCGGUUCCCUCGCUGCAAGAAGCCAAGUUACAGGGAACCAGGCAGAGGGCCUUCUCGGUAGUGGCACCCGCCCUGUGGAACGCCCUCCCACCAGAUGUCAAAGAGAAAAACAACCACCAGACUUUUAGAAGACAUCUGAAGGCAGCCCUGUUUAGGGAAGCUUUUAAUGUUUAAUAGGUUAUUGUAUUUUAAUAUUCUGUUGGAAGCCGCCCAGAGCGGCUGGGGAAACCCAGCCAGAUGUGCGGGGUAUAAAUAACAAAUUAUUUAUUAUUAUUAUUAUUAUUAUUAUUAUUAUUAUUAUUAUUAUUAUUUAUUAUGUCUUCUCUGCCUAACCAUGAGGGAUUGGGAAAGGAGCAGGAUAGGAAGUGCUAUUUUUCUAGAAAAUAGGUGCCGGAACUCACACUGAAUUCCCUUGUUCUGUUAUAAUGGCAAUGGCGCCCACCUGAGAGGUUCAGGAACUGAGCUCUGGUGAGUUCUGGCUGGGGAAGAAAGCCCCAGGGAGAGGAAAUGUAUACAGUGGUACCUCAGGUUAAGUACUUAAUUCGUUCCGGAGGUCUGUACUUAACCUGAAACUGUUCUUAACCUGAAGCACCACUUUAGCUAAUGGGGCCUCCUGCUGCCGCUGCGCUGCCGGAGCAUGAUUUCUGUUCUCAUCCUGAAGCAAAGUUCUUAACCUGAAGUACUGUUUCUGGGUUAGCGGAGUAUGUAACCUGAAGCGUAUGUAACCUGAAGUGUAUGUAACCCGAGGUACCACUGUAUCUGUGUGUCCAGCCUUCCAGGGCCAGCCUGCCAUUCUUCUGCAUGCUGCAAUACGUGACGACGCCAUACAUUCUUAUUUCUAUAGGAAGAUAUACAGAGAAGAAGAGAGGGGAGGGGAGAGUGUGUGUCUGUGAAAGUUCCCUGUGUAUAGCAUUCCCUGGAUCAGGAAAGGCUGCCCCAGCUUCACUCUCCACACACACACACACACACACACACACACACACCCCACGCCAGCCGCAGCCGAGGCCGAACUCUAAAAACAAACAUUCCCAAAAUGGCAACGCCGCAGAGCUAAGCUGCCUGCAACCUCUCCCCUCUUUGGCCCGGCUCCAGCCCUCGCCACUCUUGUCUUUCAGGGACUGUGAGGACGAGGGAUGGGGGGGAGUGGAAAAGGACUGAAACUCUCUCCCUCUCUCUCCCCCCCACCCCCCUCUCUCGUCUAUGUCUGCAAAAGCUGCCCAGCUCAGUCCAUUCCCAUCUAUAGUCUUAAAAGGACAGGAUGAUCGCAGUGGGGAAGGGUCUCUGCAUUCCCCCCGCCACGCUCACUCUCUGGCUGGGAAGCAGCUGUGAUCCUGCCCUGCGGCUCCUCCGCCAGGCAGCCUCUCUGAAUUAGCUGGCACAAGAACCUACGGUGCUGCCUUACAGGCCAGGUUGCCAGGUCUAGCCCAGUGUAGUCGACACUGACCGGCAGCGCCUCUCCAGAGUUUCAUACAGCGGACGUCCCCAACCCCUGGGACCUUCUGCAUGCAAAGCGGUCGCUCCACGAAUGUUUCCCAACCCUGAGAAAUAAAACAAGAUUCUAGACCUCAUGGUUCUCAGUUCGUAGGGACUUCAGAGCUGCCUUAUACACAGCCAUAGAGGCGUACCUAGGGCAAGGAGCUGCGUUGGCAACCCCCGCUGCAAAAAAAAUCCCUUUUCCGUAAGAGCCACAUUAGAAAUUACAACUUUUUAUGCAACCCAAGUGCUGUUUAUUUCAUUUAUAAGAGAUUUCUCACCCACCCUCCAGCGUAAGGUCCUAGGGUGGGUUGCAAUAAUAAUAAUAAUAAUAAUAAUAAUAAUAAUAGUAAUAAUGAUAAUAAAUUUUAUUUAUACCCUGCCCUCCCCAGCCAAGACCAUGCUCAGGGCGGCUAACACCCGAAUUAAAACGAUUGAUUGAAAUACAACUUAAAAACAAGAUUGAAAUACAACAUUAAACAUUAAAACACAGCCUCAUUUCAGUGGAAACUCAAAUCAAAAACUUUUUUGGGGAUGAAAACGUCAGGUCUUCACCAAGGCUAACUAUCCAGUUAAGCAAGAAGCCCCUAUCCACCCCUGGCUUCCCUCCUCACCCGGUGACACACCAUUCUGAACCACUGCAAUAAGGAUUUCUUUCCAUUAUUGCACAGAGUUCGGUAACUCUCUGGGUCUCUCCCCCCCCCCCGCCUGCCUAAUCACACCCCACCCUUUUUGGCUGCAAGGGACAAUGGUGUAACUUGCAAAAGGCAAGCUGGAAAGAGCAGCUGUGAGGGCACUGCUGCCCCCUACUGGCUUUCCGUGGAGCAGAAGAACAUGGGAAGAGCUGGAUGAGACCAAGUGGGGACCACCUGGGAUUCCAGCAUCCUAUUCUCACAGUGGCCAGCCAGAAGCCACUAUAGGAAACCUGCAAGCGGGACCCCCUCUCCCCUCCUGCGGUUUCCAGACGUUGAUGCUUGUUGACGCACAGAAGCAUCGCUGCCUCUAACUGUGGAGGGUAGAGCGCAGCCUAGGAGCCACCCAUCGCCCUCUCCUCCUGCCUGAAUUUGCCUCAUCCUCUGUUAAAGCCAUCCAGAUUGAUGGCCAUCACUGGCUCCAGUGGGAGGGAGUUCCACAGUGUAACUAAGCAUGAAUAAGGGCUUUCUUUUAUCUUCCAAAAUUCAUCUCAUUGAAUGCUGUGUGUUUGUGUCUGUAAGAAGCUGCUUUGGAUUAUAGAGCUGGAGAGCUGAAGGGCUGGUUUCUCUGGCAUUUGUAUCCCUCCCUUCUAUGACGGAGUUUGGGGCAUAAUAAUAAUAAUAAUAAUUUAUUAUUUAUAUCCCGCCCAUCUGGCUUGGCUUCCCCAGUCACUCUUGGCAGCUUCCAACAAAAUAUUAAAAUACCGUAAUACAUCAAACAUUAAAAGCUUCCCUAAACAUUUAGGCAUGUGUGUUUUCCUCGUGUUUCGUCCUCACAACAGCCUUGUGAGGUAGGCUUGCCCGCUGCACGUUGCCUGGCCCAGCAGUCUUUACUGCUGGGGGUGGUUUCAAAAGGAGAAGGAUCCCUGGCCCUGCUUUGCACGCAAGACCAUUUCCCCUGGCUCGUUUUCCUUGAACUUUGAUCACGGCUCCUGUUCGCCUGGACGGUGCGCACAGAAACCAACCUACUGUACAAAAAUUUACAGGGGUUUCUCCGCCCACUUUUGCCUCUGGCCCCGCCCACCAGCGCCAUGUGGCCCUCGGAAGGUUUCGCAGAAGAAAAGUCGGCCCUCAGGCUUGAAAAAGUCUCCCUAACCCAACAGUUUUUGUUUUUUUUAAGUUUGAUUAAUGUAGGUCAGUCAGAUUAACCAUUUGUUGACAAACCGGUGUCACUGACAGAUUUUAAAAGUUUUAGUCCUCCAAGAGGGCUGCAUUGCUUGAUGAGUGAGAUUUUGCAAUUCCGUUAAAGGUAGCUGGAUUCAACCCCACGCGGUGUUUACUCACCCCUGUUCUGUUUGUAUUUUGCAGGCACCUGCAUUCCGAGAAGAAGUUUCCAGAAGGUGUUUAUCAUUGCUUAUUUAUUUAUUAUUGGGGGAUGUUUCCUGGCCAUUAUUUAAAAAGCCAUCCAGUACAACUGCAGAUUGCACAUAGUCGUCCGGUGCAAAGAGAAGGGCACACAAACACACAGCGCACCCGACACAUAACUGUGCAACUCACAGCUGCAGGAUACAAUAGUGCUGGAUGGCUUAGGCAAUAUUUUUGAGUGGUUGAUUUGAUUGCAUUUAUACCCCAUAUUUUUUUGCCAAGGUGGCAGAUACAAAGUUCCUCAUUUAAUCCCCCAAACAACCCUGCAAGGUAGGUUAAGCUGAGCUUCAGGGCCGAGUAGGAGAAGAAUCCGUACAAUUAUAGAUUAUUAAUGAAAUAAUUGAAAAAAUGUGCUGCCCUUUAGUGACGUUCCAAAUGGCACGGUCCAAAGGGGCCUGGCCCACCUCGCCCAACAGCAGAGCUGGCUAGGGGUGGGUGAGAUUCGGCCGCCUGUCUGCAAAGUGCUGCUGGGGACAGGUGGGGACAGGUGGGAACCCUGACCGCCAGCGGCAUCCCCUCCCAAACCACGGGCUCCCCUCAGCGCUGCUCCGCCACCGAGGCAGCGGCCGCCGCCCACGACUCCUCCGAUUGACGUCACCCUCUUCGCUGACCCACAAUCGCCCAAGGCCCAGGGAAGGCCCGCCUGGCCGCUUUAGGCUAAGCUGAUUCCAAAUAUAGCUGCCGUUCCCGGCAGGUCUUAAUUUGAUCUGGCAGCCAUGAGAGGCUGUCACAUUAGGAGGGCUUAAGUGGGGGCCUUGGAGGGGGGGGCAGCAGUGACGUCGGGGCCUGGAGGGCAGCCGACCCAAAGCGCGUCUGUCCGCGGGAACCACCUGCUCCUGUGCCUCCCUGCAAAUCCCAAAAUCCACCUGAGCCGUGGAGAGCUGCAGAGAGGAGCGCUUGCUAUUUUCCGAGACGCCUCUUGCUUUUUGGCUUCCCGGCUCGCUCCACAAACAGAAGGGACGCACGCAAAAAUAUUCCCUCUCUCUCUCAACAAUUCCGCCCCCCUGCAAUUCCAGCUUCUGUCACUCACCCCCCCAAAAAAAUCUAACUUGCAAGGCAGCAAAGUGGGCAUUUGAUCCAAAGUAUUAACGCAGCGCCUGCUGUCCCAGAGGAUACGUCUGACGCAGUUCCCCAACCCCAUAUUUGGGAUCUUAGAGCAGUGGUAACAAGUCUCUUUCAGCCCAAGGGCCACAAUUCCCUCCCAGCAAACCUUCUGAGGGCCACAUGGCGGUGGUGGGUGGUGCCAGAUGUAAACAUGGGCGGAGCAAGGAAUCUCAAUCUGACCUUUGUGCAGGAGGCACAUUUACACUCCCAAGUCAGGCGAAAACACUGAAGGAGGUUGCGAAGCAGGGCAUGGUCUAGGGAGAGCCCCAAGGGCCACAUAGCAAGGGCUGCAGGGCUACAUUUGGGGCUUGGGGUCCCCAUCCCUGUGUCUAAAGGGCUAAGGUAAAGGUAAAGGGACCCCUGACCAUUAGGUCCAGUCAUGACCGACUCUGGGGUUGCGGCGCUCAUCUCGCUUUAUUGGCCGAGGGAGCCGGCAGACAGCUUCCGGGUCAUGUGGCCAGCAGGACUAAGCCGCUUCUGGCAAACCAGAGCAGCGCACAGAAACGCCGUUUACCUUCCCGCCAGAGCGGUACCUAUUUAUCUACUUGCACUUGGAUGUGCUUUCAAACUGCUAGGUGGGCAGGAGCAGGGACUGAGCAACGGGAGCUCACUCCAUGGCAGGGAUUCAAACCGCCGACCUUCUGAACAGCAAGUCCUAGGUUUAACCCACAGCACCACCCGCGUCCCUAACGGGCUAAGGCAGCACCCCCAAAAAGUUACGAGAGUAAUUAAGAAACAGUCACUUUGAAACAAUGCCACAAGUCGUGUGUUAAGAAACAGCUUGACACAGAUUCCAGGGCCUUCUUAGAAGCCAGUCAAGGAGGAGCCCUUUGUGGGGCCACCACCACAUGCCCGAAAAAGACCCCGUCCCUCGUGCCCCAAAAUGCAGUAUGCCCAGAUGGCUAGACCAUGGCUUGGACUUCUGAGGCUGGUCUUGAGACCAGGGGAAGUUCACCUGGGAUGCCACACAGCUCUUAUCAGAGUAGACCUCUUAGAAUGAAUGGACCAAAGUUAGUCGUAUCCAUUGGUUUCAAUGUGUCUGCUCUGAGCAGGAUUAGCAUUGGGUGCAACCUGGGGGGGGGGUGUUUCAGAUAGCCUGGCCCCAGAGCUAUUAAGUCCUGAAUGUUGUUUACACCAGGCCAAGUUCAAGGUGCUUCUCUUAGUAUAUAAAGCCCUUAACAGCUUGGGACCAGUUUACCUGCAAGAUCGCCUUACCCAAUCUAGUCCCACUCAAUACUUUGAUCUGCAGAAUGGGUGCACUUACAAGUGCCAUAAAAUGCCCAUCCACAUUGGUAAGAAAUGGGCCUUUUAGUGUGGCAGCACCUGCACUUUGGAACUCCCUGCCUUUUGAUAUCAACCGGGCACCUUCACUGUCCCCUUUCGCCACCUGCCAAAAAUGUCAUUGUUUAGGCGAAGUUUAGGCGUUGUUUUAAUGCAGCUUUUAGCUUAUUGUUGAGUUUAAUUAUUUUCCUGAAGGUAUCAAACAGUUGGGGGAGGGUUUCACAAAUUCUUUUUGUAAUCCGCUUCGAGGUUUUCUUUACAGCCAAGUAGGCUAUAAGACAUAUAAUUUGCAGAGAACGCCGCAGCAGCAAAGGGAAGAUCUUACAGCGCCCCAGUAUGGGUGGCCUGGCAGCCACAGACAGGGGUAUUCUGGGGGAAAUGAGGGUGAGGGGAGCAGGUGGGGUGUCCCUUUUCAUCCUAGCAAAAGCAGCGCCAUGCCUGGAGCUUGCAAAUCACCUCCCAGUCAGAUUUGGCUAGUUCAGGGUCAGACAGCGCCAUCUGUUGGGAAUGUUCACUUAUGACAUGCCAUGGGACGCAUCAUCCCAAGGGAGCAGCGAUGCUGGCAGCCUAGAGCAGCCUCUGCUGACCUGGCGCCCUCCAGCUGCCUUGGACUACAGCUCCCAUCAGCUCCAGCCGUCCUGGGAGUUGUAGUCCAGUGCGCCUGGAGCUUGGCGAAGGCUUGACUUGGAGAGCAUCUUCAGGGAGGGCUGUAAAUGUCCCCCUAGAGCAGGGGUCAGCAAACUUUUUCAGCAGAGGGCCGGUCCACUGUCCCUCAGACCUUGUGGGGGGCCGGACUAUAUUUUUGGGGGGGAAAUGAACAAAUUCCAAUGCCCCACAAAUAACCCAGAGAUGCAUUUUAAAUAAAAGCACACAUGUUAAAUACUCAUGUUAAAAACACGCUGAUUCCCAGACCGUCCAUGGGCCGGAUUUAGAAGGCGAUUGGGCUGGAUCCGGCCCCCGGGCCUUAGUUUGCCUACCCAUGAUCUGGACACUAGACUUCUGUUGAUGCAGCCCAGAAUAGCAUUGGCCUUUUUUGCUGCUGCAGCACUGACUCAAGUUCAGCUUGAUAGGUUUUAUUGGUUAUCGUAGCUUUGCAUAUUUUUGCGGUGGUGUUUGGUCUUGCACCUGACGCAGAGUGUGAAUCCUAGGAAGGAAGGAACUGAACUCAGUCGGGCUUACUUCCAAGUAGAGCACUGUGCCAGAGAAACCUAUUGGAAUAAUACUAUUCACUAUCACACUUGCAACUAUCCCAUCUAAGGCUAAAAUCUCCCGCCCACUUAACCUGGUCGGAAGCCCCACCUGAACACCAUUGAACUUACUGCCAAGUAAACACGUGUUGGGUUGCACUGUAAAAGGUAAGACAGCACAGAAAGCAAGCUGGAUCUCACCAGCUCUUUUUUCUCUGUUUCCCCCACCCAGGUUGCCAAGUCCUCACCCUGGAGACGGUGAACCUUUUCCGCAAGUAUAUCUCCAUCCUAGAUGCCCCCAUCAGUUACCUUCAGAGCCCAGAUGUUCUGGUUAUGUUGGCAAGAAAGGAUGCAGACUUAGCCAAGGUGAGAGCCAUAGGAUGUCCAGAGUUCCUAGUGCAGCCCAUUCCAAUUCCAAUCAUCAUCAUCAUCUUCCCACUCACCCAGCAGCCUUGAAAAUGAACUUGAGGUUCUCAAGAGUUGCUGCUUUUCAAGACAACCAGCCAUCUGCACAGUCCCUUCUGCAAACACUGGUUCUACCAUGUUCAAAACGAAGGGCAGGGAACCUCAGGGGCCAUAUCUGGCCCUCUACAGCUGUCAGAUCUGGACCUAGGGUGCUCCCCAGGGCACCCCAUGCACCAGACUUGCUUUGCCCCCUUCUGAGUGCUCUUGUCAGCCCAUACCCUCAUUUGGGUCAUGUGGGGCUGUUUCUGACAGAAGCAUUGGAGCAGGUGGUAGGUAACCUCAGGCCCAUGGAUGUGGCCCUCCAGGCCUCUCUAUCCAGCCCUUGGCUUUCUCCCCAGGUCAUGACUCUCAUCACCCUUGUUUUGUGAUCUCCUCUAGUGCUUUGGCCUGCCUGGGAUGUGUCUUGAGCUGUGAUAGCGGCUGGAUUGAGAUAAUUACGUGCAUGUAUGUGUGUGUGCAUGAGACAGACAAAGAGAGAGCGAAACCUCUGGUUUUGAGCACCCUGCGCUCCUUUGCUAGGAGAGGAGGGAUAUAAAUCGUAAUAAUGACUAGAAUGUAGCCCACUGCACAAGAGGCCAAAAUCACACCCAGGGCUCCGCCCACUUUUUGCCUCUGGCCCCCACACCACCCGCAUGUGGCCCCUGUAAGAUUAUCUAUGGGAAAUGGGUUGCAAAAAGCUUACUCACUCUGAUUUAGAUGAAGGUUGUAUUAGAAUCCCAACCCCAAGAGUACAGUCGUACCUUGUUUCUCGAAUGGAAUCCAUCCCAGAAGUCUGUUCUACUUCUGAAAAUGUUUGAAAACCAAGGCGCGACUUCUGAUUGGCUGCAGGAGCUUCCUGUAGCCAAUCGGAAGCCGUGGAAGCCCCGUCAGACGUUCGCGUUCCAAAGAACGUUCAAAAACUGGAACAUUCACUUCCGGGUUUGCGGCGUUCAGGACCAAAACGUUCGAGAACUAAGCUGUUUGACAACCAAGGUACGACUGUGUGUGAAACAGAAGAGGUCAGACGAUUUGCCUGUCAAGGCCUGUAUUGUCUCCUCUGACUGGCAGCAACUCUCCAGGGCAGAUCUUUCCUCUCCUCUCCUACCAGAAACCCUUUUUAACUAAAGGAAAUGGACUGUGUCAAAUUCUUGGGAGAAGAGGUUUCCAGCAGAUGCCGGAAGUAUCUUAAUGUUGGUGCUGGGCAGACCUCACUGGGGAAAGCUUUCCACAGAACCAGGACAGGGGCAGCAACCAAACAGGCGAGGGAAGAGAAAGUUCUGCUUCACGCAAGGCUUCCCGCCGAUUCCUCUGUCGGCCUAACCCCGAGUCACAAUGGAAAAGAGGGUGUUGUUCUCUUGUCCUUCCAGAGAGCCAUGCAGUGCCACCGCAGCCAGCUCCUCUGGUUCCGACGCCUCUACCUGUUCUUCUCGCGCUACGUGGUGAUCAACUCGCUUCGCAGCCUCUGACAGGGAAGGGCCCUUUCUCUCAGGAUGCUUGGGAGGCUGGCAGGAGCGAGAGAGGCUGGAGGAGGGAGGUCCUCCUUAAAACUCUCACUGAGUGCGCAAGGUCUUUCCAUCCCACUGACGCAGUCUGGUUGAGAUGACGGAUGUCCGGGAAACUAAGCGCUGAUCUGUGCCCGUUUCUGUGAAGGUGAGCGAGACGGAACUUUACAAGGCGACAUAGAUUAUACGAGAUGGGCACAGAGGAGAGGAUUUAUCCUGGAAUGACUUCACUUUGCAGCUGUUUAAAAUGUGCCAUCUUUUUUCAAGAGUGUCUUUUUAUCAUUCCACUUAUGCACCACUUCCUGUAAAAGCACUUCAAAGCAAUUUAACAAUAAAUGGACACAGUUGCUGAAAAGUGCAGCCUCCCCCAGGCAAGUAAGUAAAGUCCCAAGCGGCGUGCGUGGAAGACUCAGCCCAAACCUCUCUUUGCCUUGAACUUUGGUGGAUGGUCCUUGGGUCAGUCACCCAUCCUCAGCUGGACGUACCUUACAGGCUCACGUGGGGAUGAAGUAGGAGCACCUUUGCGUGCUGAACUUCUUGGAGCAAGGAUGGGAUAUGUAGUGCUUUCUAGAUGUCUUUGGACUCCCAGCUCCCAUCAUUCCCAACAACUGAGGCUAAGCAACAGCCCUGUGGAGGGCUGAAGGUUCCCCAAAAUGUGUUUAUAGAGCCGGGUGUGGUAUAAUGCGGCCUAGGACCCAUGUACCUAUGGGACCGCCUCUCCUGGUCUGCCCUGUGGAGGACCUAAAGGUCCACAAAUGACAACACCUUGGAGGUCCCAAGUCGCAAAGAGGUUAGAUUGGUUUCAACUAGGGCCAGGGCCUUUUCAGCACUGGCCCCGACUUGGUGGAACGCUCUGUCACAAGAGACCAGGGCCCUGUGGGACUUGACAUCUUUCUGCAGACACUGCAAGACAGAGCUAUUCCGCCUGGCCUUUGGUUUGGACUCGGUCUGACCCUUAUGGUCUUGAUCUAUCGGCUACUUUUAAAAUGAGGCUGCAUUUUAAAUUGCAUUUUAACCUGUAUUUUAAAUUUUGUCCUCCCCCCAUUAUUGUUUUUACUGUGGUUUGAUUCGUGUUAGCCGCCCUACUCAGCUAGGAGCCUUUCCCUCUCCCUGGGUGGCCUCUGGCCAUCUGCUGUGUCUCAGCCCAGUCUACCUCACAAGGUUGUGGCGAUGAGAAAAUGUGGAGGAGAACCAGGUGUGUCACCUGAGGAAGGGUGGGGUAAGAAUGCAAACUAAUGUUUAGCCAGUCUGUAAAUAAAUAGUUGAAAAUGUGAUAAAGCAGACAUGAUUUUAACUCACUAAGAUUGCAGGAGCCACACUGAGGACCUGGCCUUCAACCCACCCACCCCCAACAAAGGCCACUACAUUAUUUGAGAGGCUCCCUUAUUUAUAUCGAGAGCCAGUGUGGUGUAGCGGUUAAGAGUGGUAGACUCGUAAUCUGGGGAACCGGGUUCGCGUCUCCGCUCCUCCACAUGCAGCUGCUGGGUGACCUUGGGCUGGUCACACUUCUCUGAAGUCUCUCAGCCCCACUCACCCCACAGAGUGUUUGUUGUGGGGGAGGAAGGGAAAGGAGAAUGUUAGCCGCUUUGAGACUCCUUAAAGGGAGUGAAAGGCGAGAUAUCAAAUCCAAACGCCGCCGCCGCUGCUUCUUCUUCUUCUUCUUCUCCUCCUCCUCCUCCUCCUCCUCCUCCUCCUCACACGCAGCAUGUGACUCAAGUCUCUCACUGAUUUCAGCCUCCACCUUUGCCUUAUGGAGUCCCAAGG